GGGCCCCGCGGCGCCUGCGCAGCGGCCCCGGCCGUUGUUGUGGAGGGGCCGGUCAAGAUGGCGGCCGGGCAGGGGGGCGGCGGCGGCAACAACGGCAGCGGCAGCGGGACGGCGGCCGGGAGCGGAGCGGCGGGGCUCGGCAUCCCCGCGCACCUGACUCUCUCCUUCUCGUCCGGGCCGCACUGGGGCGCGGCAGCUCUGCCGCAGUCGCACACGGUGCGCAGCCUGGAGCGGGCCCUGGAGGAGGCGGGCAGCUCGGGCAUCCUGUGCCUGAGCGGGAGGAAGCUGCGCGACUUCCCCGGCAGCGGCUGCGACCUGAGCGACACGACGCAAGCAGAUCUUUCAAAGAACAGAUUUACUGAAAUUCCUCCUGAUGUCUGGCUGUUUGCACCACUGGAAACUUUAAAUUUGUAUCACAACUGCAUCAAAUCUAUUCCAGAAUCUAUUAAAAACCUGCAAAUGCUUACCUACCUUAACAUUAGUCGGAAUCUUUUGUCAACAUUGCCAAAAUACCUGUUUGAUCUUCCACUGAAAGUUCUGGUUGUCAGCAAUAACAAACUGGUCUCCAUUCCAGAAGAAAUUGGAAAAUUGAGAGAUCUAAUGGAGUUGGAUAUUAGCUGUAAUGAACUCCAAGUUCUUCCCCAGCAAAUAGGAAAAUUGCAGUCACUUAGAGAAUUGAACAUAAGAAGAAAUAAUCUCCAUAUGUUGCCAGAUGAAUUAGGAGACCUUCCCUUGGUAAAGCUGGAUUUUUCUUGUAAUAAAAUUACAGAAAUUCCCAUUUGUUACAGAAAGUUACGUCACUUACAAGUUAUAGUUUUGGAUAACAAUCCAAUGCAGAUACCACCAGCACAGAUAUGUUUAAAAGGCAAAGUACAUAUAUUUAAAUUCCUCAGUAUUCAGGCGUGCCUCAGAAUAGAUAAAAAACCAGAUUCCUUAGAUCUUCCAUCAUUAGGCAAACGAGUCCCCUCCCAGCCACUCACAGACAGCAUGGAAGACUUUUAUCCCAAUAAAAACCAUGGACCAGACUCUGGCAUUGGAAGUGAUAAUGGGGAUAAAAGGUUGUCCACUACAGAACCAUCUGAUGAUGAUACAAUCAGCCUUCACUCCCAGGUGUCAGAAUCAACAAGGGAACAGACAUUAAGGAAUGACAAUCACAUCAUGGGAAGUAAACUCGAUCCACAGAAAGACCAAGAGGCAUUUGACUACAUUGAUCCCAACGCUGAGGAGGGAGCUCUUCCUGAGCAGGGAGAUGCACAGAUUGGCCCCCUGCUCUCCUAUGUCAAGGAACGGGGAAAGCAUCCUGAGAAAUCCCAGAAAACUGAACAAAAUGAGGACUGGGGGGAUGAAAAAAGACUUCAGAAAGAACAGCUGCUGGCUGAAGAUGAUGAUGAACUCAAAGAAGUGACUGACUUGAGAAAAAUUGCAGCUCAGUUGUUGCAGCAAGAACAAAAACACAGACGAAGGCCACUAAGCUAUAGAACUUCAUUCAGUGAAAAGCUCUUCCAGAGGACCAGGGCGGCAGGACGUGCAUCAAGGCUUCUUAAUCAUUCAGUUUCAGUAAACACAAGGAACAGGCCAAAGCAGCCAAUGGAAUCUGAAAAAUGUGUUUCAACAAAUGAAGUGAAUUCCUCAGUGUCCCCAUACAGCUGGCAGCCACUGGAAAACCAGAAGGAUUCAGUGGAUGAGCAGCACUGGCCAGAAACACAGCCAGUAAUCUGGCAGAAUGAAGAAAGGAGGAGAAGUAAACAAAUCAGAAAAGAGUAUUUCAAGUAUAAGUCUUCCAGAAAGAGUUCAAGUGGAAAUGAAAAUGAUGAGCAAGACAGUGAUAAUACUAAUGUGUCUCCACAGUCUCCUGUGUCGUCUGAGGAUUGUGAAAGGACAGAUAGUAACACUCAUGGUCCAUUUGGUCUCAAACCAAGGUCAGCUUUCAGCCGUGCCUCACGCCAGGACUAUGGUGCAGUGGAUCCUGGGUUCACUAUGAGGAGGAAAAUGGAACAUUUAAGGGAGGAGAGGGAACAAAUCAGACAGCUUCGCAGUAAUCUUGAAUCCAGGUUGAAGGUAAUUUUGCCAGAUGACAUUGGAGCAGCGUUGAUGGAUGGGGUGGUUCUUUGCCAUUUAGCCAAUCACAUAAGGCCACGUUCUGUUGCCAGCAUUCACGUCCCAUCGCCAGCAGUGCCUAAACUCAGCAUGGCAAAGUGCCGAAGAAAUGUUGAAAACUUUCUUGAUGCUUGUAAGAAAUUGGGCGUUCCACAGGAGAGACUUUGCUUGCCUCAUCACAUUCUGGAGGAAAGGGGUCUGGUGAAGGUUGGCCUCACAGUUCAAGCCCUGCUUGAGUUGCCUGCGUUGAAAGUAUCUCACCUUUCUUCCAUGUGACAUGACUUCUUGGCAGCUAGACAGCUUCCCAUUGCUCUGUUAUGGAUUGCUCUGAGGCAUUUCAGUCUCCUACACAGGAACACCCAAGCCAUCAAAAACUAAAACCUGUCCAGAUGCUGUAGAGAGCCUUACUUUGGAGCUGUGUGUGAAAACCUUGGAGUCAGUUCACAGUUAAAAGAACAUAACUAUUCUUUUUUUUCUUUUGUAAUCGGAUGUACUAAGAGAAUCUGGUAGCAUCAGGUUCUCUUUCCAGUUAAGUUAAAAGCUGCCAUUUAACAUCUCAGUGUUAGAGUUAAAUGCUGGAUUUCUUUUUUUACAUUGAAAAUGUUGUUUGAGUUACUUUUGAAAGUACAAAGCACACCCCCCGUCACUUUAAAUUUUGAGUCAAUCAUUUGAUUUAAAGAUGAGUCAAAAAUGUAGCGAUGGUAUGAUGGUAAAAAUGUGAGCAACUGAUCACUUGUAAUCCCCUUUCACUCUCUGAAAGCUUAAUAUUUGCGUUCUUUGUUUUUUGCACUCCUGAUUGUAACUUACGCACUUCUAACAUUGCCAGUAUUGAGUGUGAGUGUCUGGUGAUUACACAGAACAGGAUACAGUGAGAAAAGGACACAGUUUAUUGAGUUUUUCCAGUCUUCUAGGUUGGUGCCAAAUAUUUUUUUUCAGUUGUACUGUAGAUUGUUUACCUGUGAAGUGCCUGUGUAAUUGAUAACUCUUAAUAGUCUUAAACAUUUUUGAAGUUUCUUUGUUUAAAAUAGAUAAAAUGGAAAUUUUUUAAUAUUUUAAUAGUUUUUUUGUAAAAUCAGUAUGUGAAGAUUUAAGUAAUACUUCACAUUUUUGAUGUUGGGUGUUUUAAGUUUGUUGCACAAUUUAAUUGUUGUCUAAUAAUUAGAAAAUACUGUAAAUACUUUUUAUUUAUGCUAUUUAAUUUGAUAAUACCUAAUUACUUUUGAUUUAUUGUAUUGUUGGACAAAAAUUGUCUACUUUUUUUUCUUUGGGACAAACAAAUACACAUGAUGAAUAAGACAUGAGGACUAGUGCAUACAGAGUAAUUUAGGACAUUUUGAUAAAACUGCCAAAAUCUCAGGUUUACGCUGUGAUGUUCAGGAUUUUGUGUAAUAUUGCUCCUGAUCUCACAUGACAUUUUUACAACAGGUAUAUCCAUAAUUUAGCUGGGAAGUAUCAGUGUUUAUCUUUUUAGUGUUUGCAGGGUUUAAUGUGUAAUUUACAUGAGUGUUGCAUUAGCACACAGGUCAGUUUCUACAAAUGUCACUGUGCUGAGACAUUGGAUCGAUGGAUAAAUGUGAAAACGAAACAUUUCCAUUGUGGUGUUCUUUUGAAACUUCUGAGUUGAUGUAUUUGUUUGCUUCUGAACAAAUUCUUGGUGUGUUGAAUCAUACACAGUUGAGUUCUUCUCCAAACAACUUGCAAAUAAUUUCAUCAUUUUGGUAGUACAUCUGUUAGUAUUAGUUUGUUAUUCAUGAAUAGGUAGCUCAAUUAAAGAAAAAUGUUUUGACUGCCACAGAAUUUCUAUUUCAGGCUAAGUUAUUUUCAGUUGAGGGAUAUGUUUGCCAGGCAUGUGACAAGAUUUGAUUCUGUUCUUUCCAAUUGACCAAGACCCUGUGUAAGAUAAUUCAUAAAAGAAUGGGGAAGGAGUAUUGUCUAUUGUACUGUAGUCUUAUAGGCAAUAGCUGACAGGAAAAAUAACCUUUUUCUGGUAAGUUUAAAAAUACCACUUAUUUUUAAAUCCAUUGAAACAAGUUUGUGUACAUGUAAUAGCUAAAAUCCACUAUUGUUCAUAUAGUGUUGUCUUAAAACACAGCUUAUGGAGAGGCUGGUGUAUAAAUUACUUUGAAAAGUCAUAGAUAUAAAUCUUAGGUUAGAUAAAUACAUGUUUAAGGAAACUGGAUUGCUUUGACAUUUGAAAUAUUGUAUUUCAAAUCUAUCUCUAAUUGGUUUUUGUAUCUCUUCUAAUGGUUAUUUUAACAACUUCAGUCUCUAUUUUCAUUAAUGGCACUAUCUGAAAAGUCAUGUAAAAACUAAAGAAAAACUUAAAAUUCACUAAGCAAAAUGUUUGCCUGCUACACCUAAAAAACCCAGCUACUCAAAAAGAAUAAGUCCUUGUCUUUGAUUUCCCUGUUGUUGCUACUGCCAGAGCAAAGUUCUAGUUCAGUGUUAGCCAUGGAAGUGCUAACUACAAAUUAUCACUUUGUUAUCUGAAAAGUGAUCUCCACUAUUUCCUUGCCAUAUUUUAAAACAUUUUCUGUGCUUAAGGUAACAUUUUUCCUUCUUGAACUAGUUUUAUUAAGUUACAUCACAGUGUAAAGAUUAAGAAUUCCCUUGAUGUAGCAUGGCAGCUGCUGACUACUAAGGGGUUUUUCAAACUCCUUAGUAAGUUGAAAACUGGAUAUGAAACUUAUGUACUCAUUUUAAACUGAAAUCUACUAAAACAAAUUGUUUUUGGUUUUUUUUUUCAUACGCUGCAGUUCUUCCCCACAGACUUGCCACCAACAGUCUUGCUUUGCCAUUCCUUGGAAAUUAUUAUGGCUGCCUUCUUGCUUAUGGAGGAGGAUAAUUAUGAUUUUUCCAAGGCUUCUCUUUUACCAUGCAAAGAUUAAAGCCUUCAAGUACCCUUAGGAGCAGUCUGAGAAAAGAUCCUCUGUGGAUGAAACUUUUUCUCAUCUCUCACUGCUUUUACUACUACUACUAAUAAUAAUCUAAAGCCUUGCUAACAUUGGCUUGUACCCAUUGUGAUUUCUUUAACAGCAAUUCCAAAAAUGAUGCUAAAAAGACUUGAAUUUGAAGUUUAUUUCCGGGUACCCUGUGGAGAUAGUUGUGUCAUUCCUGUACAAGAACUUGCAUAUACUCCUUUCCCCUUUCCUUUUGAUUCCCAGCAUCUUACUUAUUUUUGUUCAUUCUCAGAUCUAGUGCAUGCAGGUUGUUGGUCACUCUGGGCCACUUCCCUUCUUCCUCUUGAAUUUGUUUAAGAAAUUGUUCCAGUGGCACUGGUAAACCACUGUGAUUCCAGAAUCCUUGUUCCAAACAUUUCCAGUGUUUGAGAUACCCAUUUUCAGUUUUGUUUAGGAUAUGAUGCCAUUAUUUAAUACUUGAUACAGCUGAUAGGGUAGGUAAAAACAGAGGCCUGCUCAGUUCCUGUUGCACUCUUUUUUCACUUACAACGUGAAAAGUCAUCAUUAAAAGCUUUAGGAAGGUGCAUUAAGUUUUCCUAAUAAACUUUGCAAUAAUGUGGCAUGAACUGUAAAUUACAGAGUGGAUCAGCAUAGUGACAGGGCUUCUGGCCUUGUGUAUUUUUUCUGUGUUUUAUGUCACUGCAUGCAGUAUGUCACAUGUGACUGAUCUUUCACUUGAGCAAUAAUGUCCCAGAUAUGGUGAGGUCUUAAAGCAGUGACAAUAAAAUAAUUGUUGUGAAGUGUGAUGUCUUCCCAGAGAGUAUCUCAGAAAUGCUUUUCAUCUGUUCUCCAGCACUGCUAAUCCACUGUGCUCAGUGGGGCACUGCUGGGGAUGCAGAAACCAUCCAGACCCCUGAUCUGGAGUUAAGAUUCCAAAAUCUAACCAAGAACUAUGAACAUAAAAUAGGGAAGAAUGGAUUUGAAAAAAUAAACAAAUUUAAAUGAAUAAUAAUUUUUUUUUUUUAAUUCUAGGCUUUACUGAAGUCAAGGCAGGUUUUACCCUUGACUUCAGUAGAUUCUCACCUUUUUAAUUUGUGGAACACCUGAGCUGGAGACCAUAGCACACAUGGCUUAAACUUCUUUGGCACUAGCAAACUUUAGUGUCAGUUUCUUGACUAAAAUAGUGAUCUCUGGUAAGUCAAAUGAAGUUGUAAAAUAUUACAUGGAUUCAUUUAAUAAAAAACUUCUGAUAAGCCAAACAGUAUUUACACGGUAGGAAAAAUUACAUUGAAGUGAGGUGGGAAGGUGUUGUUACCUCAGUAAAAUUGUAGGUGAGGACAACCAUUAGGUUUUUACUGCACUAAAAACUUCAUUUGAAAUACUGUAUCGUUUAGUGACAGUCUCAUCAGAUUUUGACAUAAAUCUGUAGCUAAAUCCAAACAAAAACGAAGAUAUUUAUUUUCACUAAAAUGGAACUUUCAUAUGUCAUGUUGGUACUGAAGAGAAGGACAAAGGUCUGGCACUUCUUCUCUCUGCUGAUUAUUCCUUAAGUGUUUAUUUGAAAGGCUAAUGCCACUCAUUUCAGCUGAAAGCAACCUGUGGGAGUUUUUAGCCCUUCUGCAGAUAGGAGAUGUGGUAAAUCAAAUGUCACUUUCCCUCACCAAAUCAAGCUAAUGUCUGUGUUUCUGUUAGAGAAUCUCUACUUGAAAAGCAAAAGUAAAUAAACACACCCCAACACACACAAUUUGGAAUUAAGACCAGCAAUGGGAAAGGCAAAGUAGAGUUGUCCAAGCAGAGAGUGCUCUGAAUUGAUUUCACAGUGAAUCACUUCAGGCUCAGUAAAGAGGGGGGAUGUGUUUUGUAGCCAAGGGAUGAGGACCCUGGAGUGUGUGGAGCUUUCAGCAGAGCUUAGAACAAGAGAUUUGCCAGCUUUGUGUUCCCAGAGCCUGUUGGGUUUAGACAGCUUUGUGCCAGUGCUGCAGCAAGCGUGGCUGAUGGUGCAGGGGGCACUGCCUGUGCCCAGCCCUGGGCAGGGGACCUGGCACGGGCCACUUGUGCUCCCCUGCCUUUGGGCCAGUGAGGCUGUGCAGGACAACAGCUGACAAAAACACCUCCUUGCUCUUAAAGAGAUGCUGCAACCUGAGCAAAACCACCUAGUGAUAAUUUGACAGUAAUCACUAAUAGAUAUUCAGGAAUAUUUAACUUUCCCCAGCAGUGGGUGAUGUAGUGAGGCAGAGGAUGCUUUUGCUGUGGGAAUUGCAGACCUUUUCUGACUGAAAAUGGCAUUGUGGCUCUGAACUGGUCAAUGUGGCCCUCAUGCUCUUCCAGAAGGGAAUGCAAGCAGUAUUGCUGAGUUUGUUCCAUAUGCCACACACUGGGUCAUGUGUCAUUCAUUUACAGACAGAGGGACAGGUGAAUUCUGUUCUUAAUGAUAUGCUAUGGUACAGGUUUGUUUUGGAAAAUAUGAAGAAAAAUUCUGCUGAUCUUCACUGCUUAGAGAAUAUAUGAUUAAUUGAAUUUUAGUUUAAACUUGUCACUGCACAGAAGCAGUUUUGGCUCCUGUGUUUGUUACAUAAUAAAAUGCCCUUUGCUUUGUCUUUCGCAUAGUACAAUUUUGCUAACAUACUAUCUUAAAAUUGUGGUUAUAUGAAGUGUUUGUUCCCUCAUUGGAUUUGACCAUUAUUUUUUCAGCAUGAGAGACAAAGGGCAGCAAAAUUUCUGCAAGCUGCUUGGUCACUUUUAGGUAAGGCACAGCAGUUGUCAUGAAACGACAUCUAAUCUAUCAUUUUUAGUUCAAAUUAUAUAUAGCCAAUUGCAUUUUCAAAAAAGAAUUUUUAGAGUGUUUUUUUACAUUUUUAGAAUCCUAAUCUUAAAACAAGCAAAAACCAAAAUGUUUUUCCAUGGCUACUCUAGUAUCUUAGGAAAUUCUAAAGGAAAAGGACGGCUCGGACUGACAGCAAUUAAAUUGUUUUGGAAAAACUUUGGUUUUGGCAGUGUUAAAUUUGCAGUUGAACUUGAUCCAUUUAAAGUCUCUUCCAACCUAAAUAAGUCUGUGAUUGUAAGGCUUCAGUAAGACCAGAAUUUCCCUCCAGAGUUUUGUAGCUCAGUUACUGCAUAAAGUCAGUCAUUUACAGUAAAUUCUUAGCACUAAGGAGGGUUUCCUCACUUCAUUCAAAGUUAAGUGAAAUAAGGCAAACAUAACUUUUUCCAUUAUAGUUUUAUGAAGGCAGAUUGUAAAAUAGAGAAUAUUUGGAAAGGCCACAAGGAUACCUUUUUGCUUUGUUUCAUUUAAAAAUGAGUCAACCAGUUAAAUAUUUCCAAAAUGACUAUAAUAUUUGUGUAGGGUUUGAUUGUGCCAUACCUGGCAUGGGAACUUGCAGUAGCUGUUUAGUAUUAAUUUGUAUUCUGAAGCUGUGCAGGACUGUGCUCCUCACGUGGAGCUGCUGAUGCAGUUGUGUUUGCUGAAGGGAUGUGAUACCUGAAGCAAAUUCCUGGCUGUAGCUGCUCUUGGCUGUGGCACCAGCAGCAAGGCAAGGCUGACAUUCCCAGGAGGAGCACACACAGGUGUAGGAAAGAGGGUGGGUUGGUGGAAUACAUUGGGAGUAAUGUGAAUACUUUUUACUAUUGUGGAAUGUCUAGAACAAUGAAAAUGUGAUUGCUUUACAACUAUCAUUCAGUUGGUAUUCGGUUAUUUUAUUUUGUAACUUGUGGUUAUAAAACUCAGAAGAUGCAAUGUAACCAGAUGGUCAACAUGUAAAUGUGUGCAGGAUGUGGCAAAAGUAGUUCUGAGGGCACAGCAGGAGAGUUAUCAUUAAAAAUAGAUGCUCAGAUUGUGUAUAUACUUGCAAAGUUUUUGAUAGUGCAUUUCAAUUGAUUUUGCAUUUCAUGUUCUUGUAAAGUGCAUCUUUCAUACUUUUGAAGAUUGUCUACUUGUACUAUACUGUAUUAAGCCUUUUUUCAGGAUUUCCAUUAUUGCUGGAGCUUCCAACAUGUUUCUUUUGAAAAAUGUUCUUACUGUUAUUUUGGUUUUGUAAAUAGUGUUUUGUAUUAAAUUUGCAUGGAUAAACCUCACAUUUCCAAAACCAGUGUACAUACGCUGUGUAUAAAAUACAAACUGUUUCAUAAUUUUCAUGUAGUCAAGUUAUUCAAUUUGAUUUCAUUUCAGUUUAUAUAUUUGUAGUAAAUAAUGAGAAUUUGUUGUA